AACUCAACGAGCUGCAGAAUGGCGGCGGCGGAACUUGUCCUCUGCGCACUAAUAUGUGUUGCAGUUUCUGUAGCUUUAAAAACCUGCCCAAGCCCCCCGGAUAUUAUGAAUGGUAGUUAUUUCUUAUAUCCGAGUUCGCGGGACGGAGAAGACAUAAUGGCGGCCCAAUAUUUCUGCAGUUACAAUUACAUACUGGAGUCGGCCAACUUCGAUGUCAUGCUCUGCCAAAAUGGAACAUGGCAAGGUAUUUUACCUCAAUGCAUUCCUCGGGACUAUUCGAAUUAUGACGAAAAUGCUAAAAGUAACGAUUGGACCUUUGAAGAGGAGGAGGAUAAUGAGAAGCCAAAAUGGAAAUCGACAUACCAAAAUAAGAAUUGUCACUAUGAAAACGGCGGUUGUUCCCAUAUAUGCAACGGUACUACUAACAAAUGCGAAUGCUAUCCGGGCUUUUCCUUAAAUUCCACCGAUUUGACCAGUUGUGAAGAUAUCGACGAAUGCAAGGAAUCGAAUGGCGGCUGCUCUCACAUUUGCUACAACCUUGAUGGAGAACGCGUAUGCGACUGUGAAGAGGGUUAUCAAAUAGAUGUAGAAGAUGGAACAACUUGUUUGGACAUUGAUGAGUGCGCUGAUCCCGAAAUGUCUUGGGACUGCAAAAAUGGCUGUGACAAUCUGAUUGGAUCCUAUAAAUGUCGUCCGUCAACGGUGGGCAGAGUCGAGCCGACCGAUGGCAACCGGAAUUCUUCAGAUGGGAUAUUAUGCAUGCCCGGCUUUCAGUUAUCCGCGGAUGGUAGCGAGUGUCAGGACAUUAACGAGUGCGAAUUGAUAGAUCAGGACCCGAAUACCGGGCAAAUAACACCCCGUUACUGUCAGCACAAGUGCGAGAAUACCAUAGGUUCCUACAUUUGUCACUGCCCUGAGGGUUAUCAUCUACUCGAGGAUAACCAGAGUUGCGCCUGGUCUCAUGUCGAAAUUCACCCGACAACAACUGCCCCAAGAACAAUUCCCCACAACGAC